GUCGGUAAAAGAUAUUAUGAACGUGGCGAAUGCUAGCGAUUGAUAAAUAUUUAAAGGCUUGUAGGGCGUACAAGCUGUCAUUCCCUUACAAAUUCAAUCUGUGGUCGUGUAAGCCUUUCGGAAAUUAGGUUUCAAUGUUUUAAGAAUAAUUAGUUUGUAAUUUAUAUGCGGGAAACAUGGUGCACAAAAAAUCUACGUAUCGACUUAUGUUCAAAAAUUAUGAUUCUGAAGUGAGGAAGACUGUCUGGGAAGAAAACAAUUCACUCAGAUUAAGAAGAAGAGAAGAAGAAAGGUCACAUCAUAAGAUAGAGGAGGACAACAGUUGUUGUGAUUGUGACUCUUCGGAUGAGGAAAUCAUUAGACCUCCCAAAACCCUAAUGAAAAAUGUCAGCGUACAAAGUCAGCCAGAAGCAUUCCAUCAAGAAGUAUCAGUAGCACAAUCAGAUCAAAAGAAGGUUCUUCCAAAUGUACCACGUCUCCAUUUUUCGCCAGAUGAUUCCCCAAGGCAACAGAAGGAAGCUGUUCAUUAUGAGAGUGAUACUAAAGAUACUAAAGAAGAUUUGAACCCACAGUAUUUAAUGCCGACAAGUGAUCCAGAACAAAGUGAGCCUAAAGACCUGUCAAGGAAUAGCAGACAGUUAGGUGUCAUGCGAUCUCGAUCUCAGGAGAGAGAGUAUGACCUUCUACCAGUAUCAAAAGAAUCAGAAGCACGGCAAGGUCAGCAUCUUCGUCAAAGGCCAAACUAGUGAGAAGUCAUAGAUACCCAUACACGUCUCAGCUGUCAAGAACACUGAGGAAGAAUUUUCAUGACAGUGAUAAAAAGUUAAUUUACUUACCUGUUGGAAGUGGGCAAGUUGUUCGCUCUAUAGGUGAUCAGACAUCGUUUAACGUUCAUCUGAAUAAGGAGCAGGUGAAUAAAAGCUUUUACAUUCUUGAUAGUACAUAUAUUUAUAUGGAAACUGAAUGCAUUCCAUUUUGUACAGUACAGUAGUACCUCAAGAUACGAAAGGCUCAACUUACGAAAAACUCAAGAUACGAAAGCCAAUGCGAAAAAUUUAACGGCUCUACAUACGAAAAGUUUUCAAGAUACGAAAGGUUUCUGAAAGUCCGAGAUUCGCCCGGAUAACAAUUUUGAAACUCACGCCGCGCGCCGCCUUCUUAGGACUAGUAGACUCGCCACCAUCCUCCUGCUCUCCCAUUGGUUCCUGAUGCUAGUCCACUACAUGAAAUCCUUCUCUCCUAUUGGACAGCAUCCCUCCCAGCAUGCAUCUUAUACUUAUACGUGGUGCGUACCUAUCUCGGCCUCUUCGUACCAACAUCUUUAUCGUACGCAC